GUUUACAGUGUUUUUUAAAGCCAAAGUUCAGCCCAACUUCCGGGAUCCGGUAUGAAUGUGAUGAACGUGACAGACGUAAAUGCAGACUGAAAAUAGACUACCUGAAAUCGCCGCGCACUGAUGAAUGCGUAACAUGUAAAAGAUUUAAGAAAUAUUAUAAGGAUUAAAAAGGACACUAUAUUCAUACGUAAAUUACCUGCAGAUAAGCAGAGAUCUUCUUUUAAGAAGCAAUGGAUUUAACAGAAUCUAACAAAGAGAAGGAGAGUGUUCAGAAAAGAUCUCCUCUGGAUCUGAUUAUGAACCAGCUCCGAAGGAAAGCCUCUUUCACAGAGAGAAAGAAACCGUCUGUGGGCCGCCUCUUCCGCCCGUCAGAGAGCAGUGACAAGAGAAACGUAGGCAUACCUGAAACGAAAGAAUCAGAUGCCAGUGAGGGAAAGGAAAAUAAUGAGCCUGGCAAAAAGAUCAAUGACACAGAGGAUGAGGCUGGCUCUGUUGUGGGCUGGGGUCGAGUGAAGCAGUUUGUUCAGAAGCUUGGGAAAACCCCUCACAGUCAGAAUCUGAGCCUGAGCCACUGUGAUCUGACAGCUACAGAUGUGGUGGAACUAGCCACGUUACUGCCGUUUCUGGCUCAGCUGGAGGUGAUGGACCUGUCCUGGAAUGAUCUGGUUGGAGGCUCCCUAAAGGCCCUUACUGUCCACCUGCAGCCUGUAGGGAAACUGAGAGUGCUGAAGCUGUGUAGCUGCAGAUUGACAGAUCAAGACCUUAUUGCUCUCGGUGAAGCCCUUGACUGCGUUCCUCUAGUAGAGGUGCUAGAUUUGUCCUGGAAUGUUGGCGUUGGAGCAGGAAAUUUCAGACACUUAACAGAACACCUCCAACCUCAAAGCACACUGAAGGAACUCCGCCUGGUGGACUGUCAGCUCUCUGAGACAGACAUUACAGCUCUGAGUGAGGCUCUUCCCAUGCUGUCUAGUUUGGAGGCGUUAGAUUUGUCCAAUAAUAAGCUGUCAAUCAAGGGAAUGGAGAACUUCAGUUCCUCUCUAGGAUCAACUCCACGACUGAAGACCCUACAACUGAGCAUGUGUGGACUCUGUAAAGACAGCCUAAGUGUUUUGGGACAGGCACUCAGGUUCAUUCCUGCGCUAGAGCUCAUGGAUCUGUCGUGUAAUAAAGAAGCAGGUGGAGGUCUCACCACUCUGGCCACUAACCUAGUUCUCCUCCCACACUUGAGAAGUUUGGACAUGCAUCUGUGCUGUCUAUCAAAGGAGGAUGUGUUGGCCUUAGUCCAGGUAGCUCCAUCUCUCAAAGACCUCAGAGAGCUGGAUUUGUCAUCCAAUAAAACUGUUGGAGAUACACUUCAGAAUCUUCUGCAAGCUCUCCCUCUUUCUCAGAUAACCAAACUUCCUCUAAACAGCUGUGCUUUGAACGCACAUGCAUGCAACGCUCUUGCUACCGCAAUGCAGAUGCUAAAACAGCUUGAGAGCCUGAACUUGUCAUGGAACAAGUGUGUGGGAGAAAAUCUGAGGCAAUUUCUGGAGCCUUUACAGCCUGAUUGCAAACUACAGGAACUCAGACUGAGUAGCUGUAAUUUAACCACUGAAGACGUGCUACAUCUAGAAUCUGCUUGCCAGCAUGGAGCUCUAUCCCAUCUGAAGCAGCUGGAUUUGUCUUAUAAUGGUAGCGUCGGGGACGGUGGUUGGACGUCUCUCUUUCAGAAGGCUGCCUCUCUGAAGGAACUAGAGGAGCUGGAUGUCAGUCUGAGUCCUUCUGCAUCUCUCUCAGUGUCUCCUUGGCUGCCCGCCUUAUUGGAGGCCCUUCCGCAGCUCUCGGCCCUGACCCGUCUGUCUCUGCAGCACUGGGCUUUGAGUUCAGCUGAGAGAGAGAAGCUGGAAAAAAUUCUUAGCAAGAAGAAUGUCAUCCUGGAAUGUGACAGGCUGGCCACGCCCACACCAAAAACUGCAGACAUCAUGGCAGUCUGUGACAUUUCCAAAGACUGGACACAUGGACAAAAAGGCUGUAAUCAAAAACACUAACUUGGUGAUUAAUUAUAAUAAAUACAAAUGUAACCAACUG